UUGUUCAGCUGCAAAGCUUCUGCCAACCAGAGCUUGGUUUCAUGUAGGGCAGUCUCCGAGUUCAGCGCCGCUAUUUCCUUGCGCAGCUGGCAGUACAGAUCUUUCUGCAAGUUCGUUCAGAACAAAUGUAAUUAUUUAAUCAAUUUGAGAAUCAUCUUUUUCUAAUCCAGCUUUGUCUUUCGAAUUAUUGAGAUUGGUCGUGAUUUAACCGAAAGCAACAUUUUUCUGUUGCGAGACAACGAACCAUUUGAAGAAAAAAAAAUGCAAAUAGUAAAUUGCCGUACGUAUUUUUUAUGACUAUACCACGGAACAUCUAUUCGCAAGCUUUGCCGAGAAAAAGGAAAUAGUGACUGCGCAUUUUACCUUUGAAAUGUGAAACAGACCAACUACUCAUAACUGAUCCUUGUUUGUACAAUACCAGUCAAUACGACGCCUCUAUAAUCUUUAAAAUAUUAUGCAUGGAAAAAUAUUAGUCUGUUUGUUUAUCGAUAGGAGCUACAAAGCGCGUUUGUACCUAUGCGAUACGUUAUGCGCACUUGUCGCAUAGUGUGCGGUGCGUGCGCAUCUCUACCAAAACGUUGAGGCUAUCAGUUGAUCGUAAUUUUAAUAGACCGUCAAAGCUUUAUAGAAGCAUGAAUCAGCUAAAAAUAAUAAGAUAUUGUCUAUUUAAUAUUGUUAUCACGGCCUUGGCUAUUUUAAAUUAUAACCUGGCUUUUGGCAGUCAAUUGGAAUUUGUCGGUGAAAUUAUCAAGAAGAAUAUUCAGAUAUCACGAAUCUCGGUAUUUGUAAAAAGGGCGAAAAAUCUUUCUCCGACGUCCUCUAUCUUACUUGGACAGUUGUCAAGUAGAUUUUCAUGCGUUUACAUUGAAAUGCACCGAUUCCAGAGUAUCGUCGACGAUGGUAAAUAUAAUUGUGUAUUAAAUACACUGUGUCAACGGAUCGAAAGAGAUGUAAAAAUUGUCUUAAUUGAUACGCAUGGUAGGAUAAAUAUCGAAAACGAGCUGAUGGAAAUCAUUGAUUUUUUAAUUGUGUACAGUCCGCAAACAGUUCGACCGCGAUGUCUCAUUGUAAUCAUUAGCAAUAUUUACAACGAAAACUUUCUAAGUUUCUUCGAAUAUGGAUGGUUGAAUGAUUUUUUAGACAUUACCGUUCUACAAAUCACUGAACAGAGUAAUACGUCAUUAAUGAUACCUAAUAAUUCUAACGUAAUCGAUGUCAAAAUGCACACGUACAAUCCUUUUAACAAGACCUAUAUUGUAAAAGAGUUGCACGAUGACGUCGUUAUAUUCGAUGACAAAUCGUUAAAUUUGCACAAAACAGUUUUGAAAGCAUCUUUUUUUAAGGAAUUUCCCGAUCUUAUUGUCGAUAACAGCUACACUGGAGAUAACUUGUGGAAUGCUUUGAAAGGCCAAAAUGUCGACUUGAUGAACGCAGUUGCUGCAAAUCUAAAUUUUUCCAUAAAAGUUACAGCGGCUUGGGACAGCUAUUACGAUUUGUCAAAAUUUAAUGUAUCGUACAAUCCGAAUGCGCUGAAGAAUCGGUUGGCUGAUUUCCUAUCGCCAGGAUUAACGCUCAAAGGUUUUGAGGCGCACGAUUACAAGUAUGAAUAUUGUUGUUUCGUAAGUGUAGAUCCUAAUUAUAUUAUUGUUAGGCAGUAUGGCACUAAAAUGUUACAGUUGUCUUUUUAUUAUGUGGGACUAUCGAUCACAGGCAUAGCAGUGAUUAUUCUGUUCUCCGUUUUAUUACGACGAUAUUACAAAAGUGAAUUUUGGUCGGCGUUGAACACUGCCAAAAUUCUAUUAAGAUUACAAGUCGCACCGGCACCGCGUACCGUAGUAGAAAAAUAUUUUAUGUUAUUUGUAACAUGUCUGUCAAUUCUAUUCGUAGAGCAUAUUCUAGAAGAAAUUAUGAAUAUUUACCUAAUUGAGGAUAAUUAUCGGGAACUAAAAACACUGCAAGAUCUCCUUGAUUCGGGAAUUAUUCCUUCAAUUUCAAAAUACACCAGAGAUCUCAUCAACUCCAAAAAUUCCGUAUAUUUGAAAAUCUUGUCUAACAAAUCGCGAGUCUUAGAUUCAUAUGGAUCAACGGAAGAUUGCGUGUCACAAUUGAUACAUAAUCUUAAUCGCGUUGAGGGCUGCGAAAUCAAUCGGGUGUUAGGCGAAGUAGCUGUUAAAGCUUAUUCGAAAGUUAAAAAAGGAUCUAUUUUGACUCUUGUAGAAGAACCUAUAUUUCCUGGAUUUAUGGUAGUACCGUUUACGAAAACGUCACCAUAUGUCCGACCUAUUAAUCGUGUGGUUACAUAUCUUUUUGAUGGCGGCGUUGUUGAUUAUUUGCACAAAACUACCAUGAGCAUUUUAUCGCUCGAUAAAACUAAGUUUUAUUAUCCCGGUAAUUUUCCUCAAAAUCAAGGUGAAUUAGCACUGCUUUAUGAAGGUGGAAACUUGGAAUCAUCGCAUAAAAGCUUACUAAUAUUCUUAACGUUUACAUACAUCCUAAGCAUCUUUGUUUUUGCUAUUGAAGUAAUAUUGAAAAUAAUAAAAUGAAAAGAGUAUUGUUAAUUUUACAGUAUUGGUGAACCGAUAUUUUUAACUUUUUUAAAAAUCAACCUGAGCAGAUACAUCGACGUGUGUGUAUACGUGCGUUUGCAAAACAUUUCAUUUAAUACUGUUCUUGAUGAUCUUAAGAAUUAGACACAAACAAAAUGCAUUUUCUGUACCAUGUUUGUUUAAUAAAAGCGUCGUUAAUGUGUCAUGUUAGUUGUUACUUGUAGUUUGUAAAGAUUUCUUUGUAUGAAAAACAUGUACGUGUAGGUAAAAUAUAUCGAUUAACUAAUUCAUGUUUCUGUCAUGAGGUUUAGGUGGCGCACUGCGUAUACACUAUCAC